UAAAGUUAUAAACCGACCAACCUUCCAAAUCCUCAGCUCGCUUCGCAUCGUCUCUCUCUCGCUCCGCAGAGCGAUCUCUCAUCGAACAAAGAACAGCAUACGAUAUCUUUUUCUGAGCCCGAUAUCGUUUAAGUAUCAGCUUGAAAGGUUUAUUGUCGGCAGUUAUUUCGAGUAAACUGCAUAAGAACACUCGUCUCUUUGGCAAUGGACAAAAGAGCGUCUCCUAGCCUUUUUGUUAAUGAUGGCUCAUUUAUGGAGAGAUUUAAACAACUCCAACAAGAUAAGGAGAAGGAAGCUGAAAAGAAAGGUUCCAUAGUAGACUCUAAACCCAAGACAGUUAUAUUGGGGCCUGCAACUCAUAAACCUUCCAUUGUUAAAGCCUCUGGGGGUUCUAAGACUAGUGAUACGCGCAGGACCACCCCCACUUCUGGUGGCAAACUUGCAUUCAGCCUGAAACAGAAGUCAAAGCUUGUGACACCUCCUGUUAAGUUGGGUGGAGACGAAGAUGAGGAUGAAAAGGAUCCUAGAGAGAUAUCUGUUGAUGUAACAGCAAAACGGCAGAAGUUGGGUCAGUCAGAGUUAUCUGAACAAUCAUCAAGACAAGUGGAUGUUGUACCGGCUUCCCCAAGUGACCCUACAGUGAAGAACGUUGCCGAAAAACUAGCUAGUUUUGUUGCCAAAAAUGGAAGACAAUUUGAGCAUGUUACACGCCAGAAGAAUCCUGGAGACACACCUUUUAAGUUUCUAUUUGAUGAGAGUUGUGCUGACUACAAAUACUAUGAAUAUCGACUUGCUGAGGAGGAAAAGGAACUGUCACAGACAGAGGAUUCCCUAAUAUCUCAUGGCGCUGGUAUGAGCUCUUCGGCUUCUAAGGCUUCUAGUGGUUCACAAUGGUCGCUGCAGCAAAAAUCAAACUAUCAAAUCCCUGCUUCUGCUUUGUAUUCGGAGCAUGAGGAGUCAAAAGCUUCAGUUACUUCAGGUAAAGGUGAAUCCAGUGCACCACCGAGUACAGAUCCUAUAGCAAUGAUGGAGUUCUACAUGAAGAAGGCUGCUCAAGAAGAGAGAAAGAGACAGCCUAAACAAUCAAAAGAUGAAAUGCCUCCGCCUCCUUCUCUUCAAGUCGACAACUCUUCUCAACCUAGUUGGCAAUCAGCUCCAGGGAAAAAGGGUCAUCAUAUGGGUGAUUACAUCCCCCAAGAAGAGCUUGAGAAGUUCAUGGCUGCUUGUAAUGACGCAGCUGCACAGAAGGCCGCCAAGGAAACCUUAGAAAGGUCAAAAAUCCAGGCUGACAAUGUUGGACAUAAACUCUUGUCGAAAAUGGGCUGGAAAGAAGGUGAGGUUUUGGGGGGCUCCAGAAAGGGUAUUGCUGAUCCAAUCAUGGCGGGUAACGUGAAGAAGGACAACCUAGGGGUUGGUGCUCAAAAUCCUGGAGAGGUGGCUCCCGAGGAUGACAUAUACGAGCAGUAUAAAAAAAGAAUGAUGCUUGGUUACCGUUUUAGACCAAAUCCUCUGAACAAUCCUCGAAAAUCAUACUACUGAAUUCAUUAUGCUAUUUGCCUAUUGUUGAUGAAGAAAUAAUCAAACGGCAAAUCUCCUUAUCAUUUGGGGUAGAUGGUAGAUUCUGUAUUCUGUGACUGAAUAAAGUUAUCUGGAAUUUGUUCUUGUUGAAUCCAGUGUGAUGAAAAAAUAAAUUAUACUUUGUUCUUUAUUUUUUUUUGGUGGCUUUUGGAGAACAUUUAAUCUGUGACAUUUCCAGUUCUUUUUCUUUUGCUUUUUUUUCCCCUCCUAUCCAAACCCAGAAUUGUUUCAAGUAUAUUUGAAAUGUAAAUGAUACAAUAUUCUUAUAACUUUCCCAAGCUGAAAAAUAUAAAUUUUGAGAGAAGAAUUGCUCAUG